GCCACGACAAGCAUCUACAACCAGAAGUUAGCAGCACGCUCUGACAAGACAAAUACAAGCCUACCUUAAAGUAAGAACGCACCUUGCACACUCCGAGUGGCAACAUCAGAACAACCUCAAAAUACAAAGAUCAUCAAGACAUCACCGUUCGUCCAAAUAUCAUCAACAUGUGCCACGGACACCCCGCCGGACAUUCAUGCGGCCACACUUCGCUGCACUGGCACUAUUGCCCAGCAGCCAAGAUCGACCUCAAUACGGGAUACCAAGAGCAAUGCAGCAACACGACCAUGGCCAAAGAACAGCCCUCAAACGCCGGUUGUCCCUUGCAGAACUGUGACUUUCAAAACACCAACGGCAACUGGACAUGCUGCCAAUGCGGCUCCCCAAACACAACCGGGUGGUGUGACGGCAUGCUGCCUAACCCGCGAUGGGAAAGAAAUGCCCUCACCAACGAAUGGCAGUACAUCCAGACCUGCGAUCACAAUUGCUGCAGGAACUGUCCCAGGGAAGCACCUGCCCCCGGCUCUAGUGCCGAAGGCUCCCGGAAGAAGAGAAAGGAUGCCAGCAAGCGCGGUACCAGGGACCCCAGAGAUGGUGUAUCCAUGACCGCAGAGGAGGUCGGACAGUCGACAUCCUACGACAUUGCGCUGGACUACAGCGGGAAGGAAAAGAAGCACAACAAGGAGUCGUCGUCGAAGUCGAGGUCCCGGAGGCACUAGCCAAUUGGAGUGUCCCGAGGAGGAAUGUUUGUGCGAGCACGAGAAGCCGGACGUCAUGCCGGCGGAUGCAUUGCUUUUUUUUGGUGCAAGUCAUUGGACUUUGGAGCCAAAAGUGGGAGGUUGCCUUCUCUUUGAUGAUACCCGUGGAUACCUCAUGAACCACGUCUUAGAGUUGGGCGGCGUCGAUUGUUUUUCAGAGCAUACGGCCAGCAUGCAUCGAGGGCGCACAAAAGGAAAGGACCGUGAUUUGGCAACUGGAAGGAUGGAUAAAUGAAUGGUGGGGAAAGCAACAGCAACACCAACGGCGUUAUUUUGGUUCGGGUUUUCUUUUUUUUCUUUUGUUAAUCUUCGGCGGGUUCUGGAUCCGAAUUUUGUAAUCUGGGAUUUUCGGUCGGGUGGCUCUGGGCGACAGGGUCUUGACGUGUGCGUUUGCUUUUUGUUGUGUCAUCAUAACCGAUGAUUGAGCGUUAAUGAAAUAUCUCAAACUUC